GAAGAAGAAGGAAAGGGUACAAAUAUGAAGGGGGUUCUACCUUCAAAGCAAUUUGGGUUUCAAAGAGCAGAGUCCAGUGUUGAGAAAUGCAAGCGAUGAAGAAGAAGACUUGCAUGACCCUCAACUCAGCAGCAGAGACAAUAGCAUACAACCAAGACCUCUUGACAGAAAUCCUCCUCAGAUUACCCACAAAAUCUCUCAUCAAAUUCAAGUGCGUUUCAAAGCAAUGGUUGUUCAUCAUUUCCGACCCUGACUUCUGUCUCUCCCACACCCGCCACCACCACAGCAAUGGGUUUCUCUCCCCCACCGCUCUCCUGCUCAAAGGUGACUGCUACACCCCUCCCUCUGAAUUCGCCAUAGUCCCUUUGAAGCAUUACAGUAAAGUCCCUUUCUUCCAUUACAUCAUUGACCCUGACAUCAAGAUUCUUCAAUCUUGCAACGGGUUGCUCAUUUGUGAGUCCUCUAGACGCAGUUACUUGAUUUGCAACCCCACUACUAAAAGUUUUUGGAGGCUGCAUCCUCCCAGUAACUCUUAUUAUAAUUUUCUUUCUAAAUUUUGUGUUAAUUUGGCUUUUGAUCCCCUAAGAUCACCUCAUUACAAAAUUAUUUGUAUCUGGGAAAAUUCCCGGGAACCUUAUAAGUUUAAUCUGGAUGUAUUUUCGUCAGAGACUGAUUCUUGGAGUAUAUCCAUAAUCACUUUUGAAGUAGAUGAGGAAGAGGCCAUAGAUUUCCAAGAUGGAGUUUUCUGUAAUGGAAGGAUUCAUUGGUGUGGGUAUGGAAAUGAGACGUUGUAUUUUGAUGUAGAGAAUGAAUCUUUGAAAACAAUGCCGAUGACAUUACCAACCAGAAUGGAUGCACCAGAGGAAUGUAGAUAUUUCGGAGAGUCUCGAGGAGUUUUGUAUCUUGCGGUGACUUACUGCAUGGCAGUGUGUUUAGAAUUCGAUGUAUUUGAGAUGGCAAGAGAUUAUUCUCAGUGGAACUGGAAGAAACGUCUGAAUCUUGGUGAUGCAGUGAAAGUUUUUCCUGAGUUAGAAUUGGGUUGUGUUGAGUACUGUCCUGGAUUCUCUGGUGUGUGUUUCAUUCGAUCUGAGAAAGAAGAAGAGCCAAAGGUUGUCUUAUGGGCAGAUGGUAAAAUUAUUUGCUUUGAUUUCAAUGAAGGGGCAUGGAAAAAGCUUUAUGAUCUAGGGCCAGGUUUCAAAAUUGGCUCCCUUUAUCUAGGAGAGGAUGAUCAUUUACAUUAUGAAAAAUUUCAUGCUUAUCAAUACUUUGAGAACCUCUCUUGUUUAUAAGGGUCUUUACUUCUGUUGACAGCAAUCUUCUCCACUGUUAUGUUGGUUGAAGGCAUGCAAAGUUGUGCAUGAGGCUGGCUAUUCCAAGUGGGGACCUAUUGUGUACAAACCAAUGUGUUGAUAGACAUCACAAUUGGGUGUUACGGUGUGGUGAACAGUUAUUUUGUGCCAUGCUUGAUACAAAUAUAGCAUUGUAAUUGUUUAUAAAUCUGAACGGACUUAUGCCCUACUGUUGGUAAUA